UGCAGUUAGCAUUAAACCCAUAGCGAGCGUUAGCAGUUAUGCUGCACAUGUUUCAUUGUGACGUUUGGCUAUAUCAGCAUUAAUUUUUCUUUAGAUAUCAGAUAACUUGAGACAGGAAAUACUGCUGCACGUGACCAAAGUGCACAUCCAACGUGUCGAGUUGUUCAGCAGUCUUCCAGAAGAUGUGUUGCAGAAAGUGGUCUCCAGACUCAAGUCUGAAAUCUUCUUACCUGACGAGGUCAUCGUAGAAGCUGGAAGUACCGGAAGCUGCAUGUACUUCAUUCAGUUCGGUACAGUGGCAGUUUAUACAAGAGCUGGAAGAGAAGCAUACAAAAUCAAGAGAAAAGGAGCUUAUCUACAUCGUUUACUCCGAAUGCCAAACAAAACAUUGGAGAGGCUAUUACAGAAGAAUAUGUACAAGAAGAUGAUGGGGGAUCAACAACUUCGAACAACCAAGCUCAUGAUGUUCCCAAAAUACCUUCUUCGGCAAGAAGCAUAGCUCAAAUGAUGCAGGACAGUAUCACCCAACAGCCUCCUCUUUUUUUGAUGCCUUGGGAAAGUUCAACUGCAUCCUACAAAAUAACUCUGUAACUAUUGAGGAAUUUCCAUCCAAUGAAAUCCUUAAGAUCAGUAGUCCCGCUGUAGUUGAAUUGAACGGUGGAGAUACAUAUGAAAAAACUGUUCUACAAAAUACUGACUUCACAUCAAAAUCCUCAAAUACUAUAGAGGAUGAUUUUAUGCUUUCUGAAUGUGAGAGCGACCCAUUUGCCACCAGUGAUGAUAGCAAUGACAUGGACUAUAUACCAACAUUAAGGAAAACUUAACUCACAGUAGAGAUCCAGAUGAUAUCGAAAACUCAUCAGAACAUGAUGAUAAAAAUGAGCCGAUGAAAACCAAGAAAAAUACACGGAAGAGACAGAGGAAUCCGGGUGCAUGGAGAAGAAAUGAAAUAAAGAAGCUGCGGAAUCUUGGCGAGAAGUAGAAGACUGGAGAGGAAACCUCCGUCCAAAAAGGCAACCAAAACCUCCUUGUACUAACUGCAGACAAAAGUGCAGCGAAAAGUUCACAGAAGAAGAGAGGAAACAGAUAUUUGAGAGAUAUUGGCAACUGGGGGACAUCAAUAGACAACGGGAUUUUAUUGCCCAGUAUGUAAAUAUAAUGGACAAGAAAAGAACACGGUUGAGAAAGCAGGAUGGAAACAGGAGUAACGAAGAUACCUGUACAGAAAAAACAACAG